AUGUGUGGAUCUUUCCUAUAUACUGUGCGGGACGGUGCCGUCCUUCCAACAGAUAAGAGGUUUUCCUGCCCUGAGUGUGGGAUUUUUUUUUCAAACAAGUAUACACUUUCCAUACAUCAUAAAUCUCACACAGCUGAAAAGCCGCAUUCCUGUCUUAAGUGCGGAAAAUGCUUUAGACUAAAAUCCACUCUUGUCACACAUCAAAGGACUCACAGUGGGGAAAAGCCGUAUUCCUGCCCCGAGUGCUUGAAAUGUUUCUUCAAGAAAUACCUUCUCACGAAACAUCAGAGAUUGCACACAGGAGAGAAGCCGUAUUCCUGUUCUGAGUGCGGCAAAUGUUUUGCCAGAAAGUCAUAUCUUUCCAUACACCAGAAGGUUCACACGGGGGAAAAGCCAUAUUCCUGUUCUGAGUGCGGGAAAUGUUUCAGACAAAAAUCAUCUCUUCAUGAACAUAAAAUGUCUCACACGGGGGAAAAGCCGUAUUCCUGUUCUGAGUGUGGAAAAUGUUUCAGACAAAAAUCAUCUCUUCAUGAACAUAAAAUGUCUCACACGGGGGGAAAGCCGUACUCCUGCCCUGAGUGCGGGACAUGUUUUUACAAGAAAUUUCAACUCAACAAACAUCAGAGAUUGCACACGGGAGAGAAGCCGUAUUCCUGUUCUGAGUGCGGGAAAUGUUUUGCCACAAAGUCAUAUCUUUCCAAACAUCAGAAGGUUCACGCGGGGGAGAAGCCGUAUUCCUAUUCUGAGUGCGGGAAAUGUUUCGGUCAAAAAUCAUCUUUUCAUGAACAUAAAAUGUCUCACACGGAAGGAAAGCCGUAUUCCUGCCCUGAGUGUGGGAAAUGUUUUUCAGUAAAGUCUUCUCUUCGUAUUCAUCAGAGAAGGCACACAGGUGAGAAGCCGUAUUCCUGCCCCGAGUGCCGGAAAUGUUUUUCACAGAAUUCCAGUCUUAACAGACAUCUGAGAUCUCACACGGGGGAGAAGCCACUUCCCUGUCCUGAGUGUAAAGUAGAAGAUGAGGACAUCACACAGUAUAGUCCAGGAGAAAACCCGACUACCUCAAAUGUCCAUCCGGCACCAAACAGAUGCUUUGGACUAAAAUCCACUCUUGUUACACAUCAAUUGUCUCACACGGGGGAAAAGCCGUAUUCCUGCCCUGAGUGCGGGAAAUGUUUCUCCAAGAAAUCCGUUCUCACGGGACAUCAGAGACUGCACACGGGGGAAAAGCCAUAUUCCUGCCCUGAGUGCGGGAAAUGUUUCUCCAAGAAAUCCGUUCUCACGAGACAUCAGAGACUGCACACGGGGGCAAAGCCGUAUUCCUGUUCUGAGUGCGGGAAAUGUUUUGGACAAAAAUCAUCUCUUCAUGCACAUAAAAUGUCUCACACAGAGGAAAAGCCGUAUUCCUGCCCUGAGUGCGAGAAAUGUUUUUCCAAGAAAUUUCGACUCAACAAACAUCAGAAAUUGCACACAGGAGAGAAGCCGUAUUCCUGUUCUCAGUGCGGCAAAUGUUUUGUUGACAAAUCACAUCUUGUUACACAUCAAAGGUCUCACACGGGGGAAAAGCCGUAUUCCUGUACUGAGUGCGGGAAAUGUUUUUAUCAGAAAUCCCAUCUUGAAAGUCAUCAGAUAUCACACAUGGUAGAGAAGCCGUUUUCCUGUCCUGAGUGUGGGAAAUGUUUUGCCACUAUGUCAUACCUUACCAAACAUCAAAGGUCUCACACGGGGGAAAAGCCGUUUUCCUGUUCUGAGUGCGGAAAAUGCUUUGAACAAAAAUCAAAUCUUGGCACACAUGAAAGGUCUCACAUGCAGGAGAAGCCGUAUCCCUGUCCUGAGUGCGGGAAAUGUUUUUUAUAUAAAUCGCUUCUUGUCAGACAUCAAAGGUCUCACACAGGGGAGAGGCCUUUUUGUUGUUCAGAGUGCGGGAAAUGUUUUUUAGAGAAGUUCGCUCUUAAUACUCAUCAGAAACUGCACACAGGUGAGAAGCUAUAUUCCUGUUCUGAGUGCGGGAAAUGUUUUAUAAAAAAAACUGAUUUGGUCACACAUCAGAGAUCUCACACGGGGGAGAAGCCAUAUUUUUGUCCCGAGUGCGGGAAAUGUUUUUCAGUAAAGUCUUCUCUUCGUACUCAUCAGAGAAGGCACACAGGUGAGAAGCCGUAUUCCUGCCCUGUGUGCGGGAAAUGUUUUUCACAGAAUUCCAGUCUUCACAGACAUCUGAGAUCUCACACAGAGGAGAAGCCACUUCCCUGUCCUGAGUGAGGGAAUUGUUCCUCACUGAAGUCCUGUCUUCCUGUACAUCAGGAGUCCCACACAACCC